CGCCGCCGCCGCCACAGGACGACGUGGACGCGCCGCGGCCGGCCGGCGACGGAGGCGUGCUGUGGUCGCGCCCACUGCCCUCCCGCGAGCUCGCCCCCGACGUCAGGACGAUGGAGUGAAGCGCGGCCCGCGGUGGCACUUCCGCGUUGCGCCGCCGGAGCCCGAGGCCGCCGCCGCCGCCACCGCCGCCGCCCGGCACGGCCGGCUUUCUGCCGAGGAUAGGAUCCUCCCGCGCCAGGCCCUGACGCCGCUGCGCACACACCGCGACUGGAACCGGGGACGCGCGUCCCGACCCGGAUUAUCGUGGCGCGACUCCCGGCCGGCCCUGCUGCUCGCUACCCCUCCGCCGCGGCUGCCGUCCCCCUUCCCGGCGGGGGACAUGGCCAGGGUCUGACCCCGGAGGAGGCCGCACCCGCGCCGCACUCUGCGGCGGGCUCUAGGCGAUGCCGAGUAGCUCGGACACGGCGCUGGGGGGAGGCGGGGGCCUGAGCUGGGCCGAGAAGAAGUUGGAGGAGCGCCGCAAGCGGAGGCGAUUCCUGUCCCCUCAGCAGCCGCCGCUGCUGUUGCCGCUCCUGCAGCCGCAGCUCCUGCAACCGCCGCCGCCCCCGCCGCCUCUGCUCUUCCUGGCUGCCCCCGGCGCGGCCGCCGCCGCAGCCGCCGCCGCCGCGGCCUCCUCCUCCUGCUUCAGCCCGGGCCCUCCUCUGGAGGUCAAGCGGCUGGCGAGAGGCAAGAGGCGCCCCGGAGGGCGGCAGAAGCGGCGCCGCGGGCCCCGCGCCGGGCAGGAGGCGGAGAAGCGCCGGGUCUUCUCGCUGCCCCAGCCGCAGCAGGACGGCGGUGGCGGUGCCAGUAGCGGCGGGGGUGUGACCCCGCUGGUGGAGUACGAGGAUGUGAGCUCCCAGUCCGAGCAGGGGCUGCUGCUGGGGGGCGCCAGCGCGGCAACGGCGGCGACGGCUGCCGGGGGAACGGGGGGCAACGGCGGGAGUCCGGCCUCCUCCUCCGGCACGCAGCGGCGCGCGGAGGGGUCGGAGCGCAGGCCGCGCCGGGACCGCCGCAGCAGCAGCGGCCGCAGCAAGGAGCGCCACCGCGAGCACCGGCGGCGGGACGGGACGCGCAGCGGCAGCGAGGCCUCAAAGGCCCGCAGCCGCCACGGACACAGCGGCGAGGAGCGGGCGGAGGCCACCAAGAGCGGCAGCAGCAGCAGCAGCGGCGGCCGCCGCAAGAGCGCGUCGGCUACGUCCAGCAGCAGUAGCAGCCGCAAGGACCGGGACCUCAAGGCCCACCGUAGCCGGACUAAGUCGUCCAAGGAACCGCCCUCGGCCUACAAGGAGCCGCCCAAGGCCUACCGGGAGGACAAGAGCGAGCCGAAGGCCUACAGGCGGCGGCAGCGGUCCCUGAGCCCGCUGGGAGGCCGGGACGAAAGCCCGGUGUCCCACAGGGCCUCGCAGAGCCUUCGGAGCCGCAAGUCCCCCAGCCCGGCGGGAGGUGGCAGCAGUCCUUAUUCCCGGCGGCUGCCGCGCUCCCCGAGCCCCUAUAGCCGGCGUCGCUCGCCCAGCUACAGCCGCCACAGCUCCUACGAGCGGGGCGGCGACGUAUCCCCCAGCCCGUACAGCAGCAGCAGCUGGCGGCGCUCGCGCAGCCCCUACAGCCCAGUACUCAGACGAUCUGCCAAAUCCCGAAGCAGAAGCCCAUAUUCAUCUAGGCACUCAAGAUCUCGGAGCAGGCACAGACUGUCUAGAUCAAGAAGUCGUCAUUCAAGCAUUUCUCCUAGCACACUAACUCUGAAGAGUAGCUUGGCAGCUGAAUUGAACAAGAAUAAAAAGGCACGAGCUGCAGAGGCAGCAAGAGCUGCAGAGGCAGCAAAAGCUGCAGAAGCUGCUAAGGCUGCUGAAGCAGCUGCCAAAGCUGCCAAAGCCUCAAAUGCUUCUACACCUACCAAGGGGAACACAGAAACUGGUGCCAGUGUCUCACAGACAAACCAUGUGAAGGAAGUCAAAAAACUUAAAACUGAGCAUGCACCUUCUCCUUCAAGUGGUGGGACCGUCAAAAGCGACAAAGCAAAAACAAAGCCACCGCUUCAAGUAACAAAGGUAGACAAUAAUUUGACGGUAGAGAAAGCCACCAAGAAAACAGUUGUUGGGAAGGAGGGUAAACCCGCUGCUACAAAGGAAGAACCAGUUUCCACUAAAGAGAAAAGCAAGCCACUCACACCAAGCACAGGAGCUAAGGAGAAGGAGCAGCAUGUGGCUUUAGUGACCUCUACGUUACCGCCAUUACCUUUGCCUCCCAUGCUGCCUGAAGAUAAAGAUGCUGAUAGCUUAAGAGGCAACAUUUCUGUCAAAGCAGUUAAAAAAGAAGUAGAAAAGAAACUCCGAUGUCUGCUUGCUGAUUUACCAUUGCCCCCUGAGUUACCAGGAGGAGAUGAUCUUUCCAAGAGUCCAGAGGAGAAGAAAACAGCAGCACAGUUACAUAGCAAACGAAGGCCUAAAAUAUGUGGGCCUCGCUAUGGCGAAAUCAAAGAAAAAGAUAUUGACUGGGGGAAACGCUGCGUGGAUAAAUUUGAUAUCAUCGGAAUUAUUGGAGAAGGUACUUAUGGACAAGUUUACAAAGCCAGGGACAAAGACACUGGAGAAAUGGUAGCCUUAAAGAAAGUACGUCUGGAUAAUGAAAAGGAGGGUUUCCCAAUUACAGCAAUUAGAGAAAUUAAAAUUCUACGGCAACUAACCCACCAGAGUAUCAUCAAUAUGAAGGAGAUAGUGACUGAUAAAGAAGAUGCUUUGGAUUUUAAGAAAGACAAAGGUGCAUUUUACCUGGUGUUUGAAUAUAUGGACCAUGAUCUGAUGGGACUGCUGGAAUCAGGCUUGGUUCAUUUUAAUGAAAACCAUAUAAAAUCUUUUAUGAGACAGCUCAUGGAAGGCCUGGAUUAUUGUCAUAAGAAGAACUUUUUGCAUAGAGAUAUUAAAUGUUCAAAUAUCCUUCUAAAUAAUAGAGGACAGAUAAAACUUGCAGAUUUUGGACUUGCUCGUUUAUAUAGCUCAGAAGAAAGUCGCCCAUAUACUAACAAGGUCAUUACUUUGUGGUAUCGUCCACCUGAAUUGCUCUUGGGAGAAGAACGAUAUACACCAGCCAUUGAUGUAUGGAGCUGUGGAUGUAUCCUUGGUGAACUCUUCACUAAAAAGCCUAUAUUUCAAGCAAACCAGGAACUUGCACAGCUAGAGCUAAUAAGCCGUAUAUGUGGGAGUCCAUGUCCUGCAGUGUGGCCUGAUGUAAUCAAACUGCCAUAUUUCAACACCAUGAAACCAAAGAAGCAAUAUCGGCGGAAGUUAAGAGAAGAAUUUGUUUUCAUCCCUGCAGCUGCACUCGACUUAUUUGAUUACAUGCUUGCCUUGGAUCCCAGUAAGCGUUGCACUGCUGAGCAGGCUCUUCAGUGUGAGUUCCUACGAGACGUGGAACCCUCCAAAAUGCCUCCACCAGACCUUCCUUUGUGGCAAGAUUGUCAUGAAUUAUGGAGUAAAAAGAGAAGAAGACAGAAACAGAUGGGCAUGACUGAUGAUCUUUCUACAAUCAAAGCCCCUAGAAAGGACCUGUCUCUGGGCUUAGAUGACAGCAGAACUAACACACCCCAGGGUGUGCUGCCACCCGCACAGCUGAAAUCUCAGAGCAACUCAAAUGUAGCGCCUGGUGAAAAACAGACAGAUCCAUCAACACCACAACAGGAGUCUUCAAAAUCACUGGGAGGAGCUCAGCCUUCACAGACCACCCAGCCCAAAGUGGAGACUGAUGCUGCCCAGGCUGCUGUGCAGAGUGCAUUUGCAGUCCUCUUGACUCAGUUAAUAAAGGCCCAACAGUCCAAACAGAAAGAUGCCAUGCUAGAGGAGAGGGAAAAUGGAUCCGGACAUGAAGCUCCAUUGCAACUCAGGCCUCCUCUAGAACCCAGCACUCCUGGAUCCGGGCAAGAUGACCUCAUCCAGCACCAAGACAGGAGGAUAUUGGAGCUGACACCAGAACCAGACCGGCCUCGAAUUCUGCCUCCCGAUCAACGGCCUCCUGAACCUCCUGAACCACCACCAGUUACUGAGGAGGACCUAGAUUAUCGGACAGAAAACCAGCAUGUUCCUACCACUAGUUCUUCAUUAACUGACCCACAUGCUGGAGUGAAGGCAGCCCUCUUACAGCUGCUUGCUCAGCAUCAGCCCCAGGAUGAUCCCAAAAGAGAAGGUGGUAUCGAUUAUCCCACAGGAGACACAUAUGUGCCCAGUUCAGACUAUAAGGACAACUUUGGAUCUUCUUUCUCGGCCGCUCCUUACGUUAGCAGUGAUGGUCUAGGAAGUAGCUCCGCUGCUGCACCAUUGGAAGCACGUAGUUUCAUUGGAAACUCAGAUAUUCAGUCUCUGGAUAACUACAGUACUGCUUCAUCUCACACUGGUGGUCCACCUCAAACUUCUGCCUUUACUGAGUCGUUUCCCAGUUCAGUAGCUGGAUAUGGAGACAUUUACCUCAACGCUGGUCCCAUGUUGUUUAGUGGAGACAAGGACCAUAGAUUUGAAUAUAGCCAUGGUCCUAUCACAGUCCUCACAAACAGCAAUGACCCUUCCACAGGGCCAGAGAGUACUCAUCCCUUGCCAGCAAAGAUGCACAACUAUAACUAUGGUGGUAACUUACAGGAAAAUCCAGGUGGCCCUAGCCUCAUGCAUGGACAGACCUGGACUUCUCCUGCCCAAGGACCUGGAUACUCACAAGGAUACAGGGGACACAUUAGCACAUCAGCUGGCAGAGGUCGAGGCAGAGGGUUACCAUACUGAGUAUCUGUUUUUCCUCAGGCACAUCAUUUUUAUCUGGAAAGACUUUUCUAGCUGCAAUUUCAGGCAGCAAUCCAAGAGACUUGAAUAAUAUUAAUUCAACAACAGCUUUAUUUUUAUGUGGAAAGGGUCUUGCAUACAAUAGCGAAAAAAACAAAACAACAAAAAAAAUCUUUGCUUAAAUUCAUGCUGUUCUUAAAACUAGCUCUAUUGAUUGUACAUCGUCACAGAUUUUAGUUAACAAUUUUAUUUUGUAUUCUUGCAGUUUUAAGUGGAUGCUAACAUUAGGGACAUAAUGUUUUUAUGGCCCUGUUGCAGAUCUUCUGAACUAUGCACACUUGUGCUUUUUUUUGUAAGUUUGGACCAACUUUUAUGUAAACAGCCUCCCCCUUCCCUCCCCCUUCCAGUUUUACAACAAUCCGAAAGGGCACUGAUUUCUUUGGUAUUUUCUUUUUACAAAGCUACCUUAGUCAAAGGUCACUGUCAGUCUUUGCACCUGCUUUCAGUGUUAUUGUGAAAGGCGUACUUUGUGCUCAUUUCAGAAAAUAAAACACAACCUUUCUCUUGAUGCAACAGUUUUAUAUAAAAAAUGGUCAACAUUAUUUUUGUUUUGUUUUUUUCAGGUUACCAUAACACAGGAAAAUUCAUUCAAAUGAAAUAGUGGUUUUUAUAUGAAAACUAUGGGUAGGGUGGGGAGGGGUUGAGUAAGUGCCUUAACAGGUAAGCUUAAGGUCUGCGGAUGAAAUUAGCCUUCACACCACUGUCUUUCUAAGGGAGUCUGUACUGUGCUGAAGGGGCGGGGCAGGGAGCUUCUCCGCGUUCAGGAGUUGCUUGGUCAGUUCUGUUAGGUCCAUUCCCUCUGCCUGUCACACUGUCCUCUUGUGCCUGUCUUUGGCUGUGUUGACUUUCACUGUUACCUUCUCUUGGUAGGGGUGUAAGAGGAAAAGAAAGGGAGAACUCAGAACCUCAUGUUACUUCUGGGAAGUACUAAACUUUUUUUUUUUUUUUUUGAUCAAUUAAGUGGUUGAAAGUAGUAGCUGAAUGAGAAUUUUAGAGUGCUCCUUUCUUUCUGGCUGUCAUACUGACCCAGUUUCUAUUUGGUGGGCAGGAGUUUUGAAGCAAGUAUGUAUAACGAUUCAUAAAAUAAAUACAUAUGGUACAUAACAAAUGUAUUGAAGUCCACAGAAGGAGGGUGGCAAACACCAUAUUUUAAGUUAUAUAAUUUUAAGAAAAUGUCAACUUAAGUAGAAACAUGUCCUGGAUCUAAUUUAGUAAAGCAAACAGAAAACUCAAAGAGAAAACCUUCCCUCUUCCUUUCAAUUUUGUGAAAUUUACUAUAAUUUCUGCCAGAUUAGAGCAGUGCUAUUCUAUUAGAAUCAACCAAGAAAGAGUAACUCUGAUGUUGUCAAGUCUCACUAUGUUUACGUUCACACACACACACAAAACAAAAUUAUAUUUCUGAAAAGGAACCAAAGGUAAAUAGCCAGCAUCACCUUCAUCAUUAGAAGAUAACAGACUCUGGGAAACUGAGUGUGCCAACUGACAAUUUCAAUUGUUUAGUACCUUUUCCAUUGGAAUAUUAAGUAGGGAAGAAUUGUUAUGAAAAGCAGCUUAGCUUCAUGCCCUUUAUAUGAUUUGUGACCCUGCAUUUACAAACAUUCAGGAAACAUUAUUGUUUGGUGACAGAAUAUUUUAAAGAUAAUUUUCCAGUUUAUGCGUAUUAAAAAUGAGUUUUCAGUUGACCAUUUUAUUUUUUGAUGGUAUUUUGUUGGUGAAAGAAAAAAAUUAAUGGAAGAAAAAAUAUUUUGCUUUUAUUUGAAUACAGAGUACUAACAACUUAAUAAAACAGUAGAGGAAGUGAAAAAAAUGUUUUGAAAUUUAGCAAAAUAGAGUAUUCAAGUCUCUGAAAUUUUAAUAUGGUGAGUCUUAGAGCUUUAGACUUUCCUAUAAGUGACAGUAUCUAAAUUAUUAUUUGUCACAUUUGGUACAUCUGCUGGCCAUAAGCAGCUAACCUAAAAUUGAAACUAUUUAUGUGACAUGAAUAGUCUGUGUUUUAAAAAUUAAAUAUUUUAUAUAAAAUUGA